AUGGCAGAGAAAGCAUUGUGCUGACAACUCCGCAAAGCCGGCCCGCCGCCCGCCGGCCCCGGGACUAUAUAAAAGCCCGGGCGCUGCAGCAGGCAGACGUUACAUGGAAGACCCCGCCGCACAGACCGAGCUAGGUGAGUGUGGGCUCAGCUCGCAGCUCUUCCUCCCCCGUCUCCCAGCCUCCCUCCUUCUGCCGCUCUCCCGCACACGCGGACGGCCGGACAGGCCUUUCCUGCCUGGCUCCGUCUCCCUCCUGCCUUGCAAAGCCCGUGUCUGCCCGGGCUCUGGGUGCAUCCCACCGGCAGCUGCUUGGGCUUUCCCGGACCGUGACAACCCCAGCGGGACGGGCGUGAGAGCCAGGCACGACCGCCUGGCCCCCCCAGGCUGUCCCACCCCUGUAUCUGCCACAGCUCCUUCACCUUCAGUCUGGGCCGGACAACGGGAAGAGACACCCGUGACUGGGGGCAGACAACGUCCCUCCGGCCGUGGGCAGGGGCAGCGUGCCAGGGAGCCAGGCUGGGAAAGGCUAACCCCAUCCAGCUGGGGGUCUUUGCUAAUGAACCCAGCUGUUCUGCAGCCCACGAAGCCAGGAGAGUGCCACGGGGUCACCCGCAGUGGCCUCCCGCUGUGGAGGAUGCCGUCCAGCCGGCAUCCCCAGGCUGGGGGCUCAGCCAGCUGGACAGCAGGCCCCAGCCCCAGGGACUCGCCCGGUCAGGCAGGCAGGGGCUCUGGGCAGCUCCGUCCAGCCCUGCCUGCAGCCACGGGCUGGUGCAACAUGCCCGGCCGGGCUGAGCGGCACUGCCCUCCUCUGGGGACGUGUGGCAGCAUGCAGGAGUGAGCCUGGUGCACGGAUGCCCGCACGUGCAGGGCGCAGGCAGGCUCUCUCCUGCGGCCCGCUGGGUGACCGAGCCACACGUGUCCCUCUUCCUCCACUUCCAGACUCCACCCCAGUUGCCAGGAUGGCGCAGACGAACCCCCUGCCUGUCCCGACGGGCCCCUGGAAGAUCACCCUGUACGACCAGGAGAACUUCCAGGGCAAGCGCAUGGAGUUCACCACCUCCUGCGCCAACAUCAUGGAGUGCAGCUUCGACAACAUCCGCUCCCUGAAGGUGGACUGCGGCGCCUGGAUCGGCUACGAGCACACGGGCUUCUGCGGGCAGCAGUUCACCCUGGAGAGGGGCGAGUACCCCCGCUGGGAUGCCUGGAGCGGGAGCAACGCCUACCACGUCGAGCGCCUCAUGUCCUUCCGCCCCAUCUGCUCCGCGAACCACAAGGAGUCCAAGAUCACCCUCUUCGAGAAGGAGAACUUCCUGGGCCGGCAGUGGGAGAUCGGCGACGACUACCCCUCGCUGCAGGCCAUGGGCUGGGCCAACAACGAAGUGGGCUCCAUGAAGGUCCUGUGCGGCGCCUGGGCUUGCUACCAGUACCCUGGCUAUCGUGGCUACCAGUACAUCCUGGAGUCCGACCACCACGGAGGAGACUACAAGCACUGGAGAGAGUGGGGCUCCCACGCCCAGACCUUCCAGAUCCAGUCCCUCCGCCGCAUCCAGCAGUAGGCAGCCGUGCCCGCGGGCGCCCUGCUUCCCUCCCGCCGGGCCAGCCUCUUGCGCCGGCCCCCUUGGUGCUAACACCCCCCCCGACCACGUAACCAGCACACCGAACCGAUUGCUGUACUCUAGCGCGACGGCUUCGGGGCCCUCCCAGCCGCCAAUAAAGGUGCCUGAA